UGACUGGAUUCGAGCCUACAUUCACUCACAAUGAUCAAGGCCAUUUCAACUAAUAGAACCUUUGGCAACUUUUGCUCCAGGGGCAACCUUUCAACGCGUAAUGUAGACACGCGAUCAAGUUUGGUGUUGAUCAAUACUUCUAAUAACAUCUCUCCAUACACCCAAACGACAGGAUGCAGAGCUAGUUUGUUUCGUUUCAUGGCUACAUCAUCAAAGACAGCACCUAAUGCAGCUACAUCGGCUACAGGAUCAGCGCCCGCAGUAGCCAGGCAAGCAGCCAAGGAUAGGCCCGAAUCAAGGUUUUCGUCAACCUUAUUACUUCCAAAAACCGCAUUUCCUCUCCGAUACGAGAAUGUGACACGGGAGGCAGGAUUUCGUCAGCGAUGCACUACAGAUCUGUACCCGUGGCAGCGUGAGAACAAUCCUGGAGAUCUCUUUGUCCUACAUGAUGGACCACCAUAUGCGAACGGACAUCUCCACCUGGGACAUGCACUCAACAAGCUAAUCAAGGAUUUCGUUAACCGCUAUCGAGUCAUGCGAGGGUUCAAAGUAGAUUAUCGCCCAGGAUGGGAUUGUCAUGGUUUGCCGAUCGAAUUGAAAGCCCUGGCAGAGCUCAAGUUGAAGGAUAAAUCCCUUCUCUCGCCAAUGGAUAUCAGAACAGUAGCUCAGACAUCUGCCCGUGCAGCGAUCGAUGUUCAGAAGCGCGAGUUCCUGUCGUAUGGUAUCAUGGGGGAUUUUGAUAAUGGAUAUCUGACAAUGGAUAAAGAUUUCGAGACUCGACAACUGAAAGUAUUUCAUGAGAUGAUGCGGAAAGGAUUGAUUUACCGUGCCAACAAGCCCGUCUACUGGUCUCCUUCAUCCCAAACUGCCCUUGCAGAAUCAGAACUUGAGUAUAAAGAUGAUCACAAGAGUCGUUCUGCGUGGGUUAGCUUCGAGAUAAAUCAACCCUCCAAGAAGUUGUCUGAGGCUCUGCCCAAGGAUGUCUCCUUGCAGGCAGUUGUCUGGACAACUACUCCAUGGACCUUGCCUGCCAACCGAUGUGUAGCAGUUCACCCAAAACUCAGCUACACUUUGUUCCGUGCCAGCAACUUCUCGAGCCCAAACACUGUCUAUCUCGCUGCAACGGAUCGCAUGGAGGAAAUGAAGAAGCGAUUUAACCCAUCAACGACAGGAAGUGCUGGAGCUUCUGAAGUGAGGCCAGAAGUGACCUUGGAGCCUAUUGGGGAGAUUUUAGGCCAAGAUCUUGUCCGUACCACAUACAACCACCCAUUGACAGCUGCAACGCAUCCAUUCAUUACUGCCGACUAUGUUACCGCUGAUUCGGGAUCAGGUCUGGUUCACACAGCCCCUGGCCAUGGAAUGGAAGAUUAUAAAGCUUGUUUAUCCUUGAAUAUUGAAGCAUUUUGUCCUGUGGACAAUAUCGGGAAGUUCACAGCGGAGGCAGGCCCUGAGUUAGAAGGUCUGCAAGUCCAGACGGAUGGAACAGCCAAAGUGAUUGAAAUGCUUACAGCCAAAGGUAGCUUGAUUCAGGAGCAAUUGUACGUUCAUAAAUACCCUUACGAUUGGCGUACAAAAAAACCAGUGAUCCUUAGAGCAACUUCUCAGUGGUUCGCCAACGUUGGGUCCAUCAAAGAAGACGCCCUCAAGGCGAUUGAAACGGUCAAAAUUAUCCCAGAGCCGUCACGCCGUCGUCUGGAAGGAUUUGUACAAUCAAGGACAGAGUGGUGUAUUUCUCGUCAGCGAUCCUGGGGUGUUCCCAUCCCAGUAUUGUAUGAAGUUGAUACAGAUGAGCCGCUUUUAACCGAUGCCUCCGUACAACAUAUUGUUGAUAUUGUGAAGGAACAUGGAACAGACGCUUGGUGGACCAUGUCGACAGAAGAGCUACUCGCACCAGAGUAUAGGAACAAUGGGAAGACGUAUCGCCGCGGCUAUGAUACUAUGGAUGUUUGGUUCGAUAGCGGUACGAGCUGGACUAUGAUUGAGGAAAAGAUGUCUCGUCCUCAUCUGCCAUAUGUAGCAGAUGUUUAUGCAGAGGGUUCUGAUCAGCAUCGCGGUUGGUUCCAGUCAUCAUUAUUGACAUCAGUGGCCCUAACGGGCAAAGCCCCUUAUGGAACAUUGAUUACACAUGGAUUCUUGUUGGAUGCUAAAGGUUUCAAGCAGAGCAAGUCCCUUGGAAACACAGUUGACCCGGCAGUGGUUAUCCAUGGUGGCAAGAAUUUACAGAAGGAUCCCGCAUAUGGAACAGAUGUGCUCCGUCUCUGGGCAGCAUCAUCAGAGUACACAAAGGAUAUUGCGAUUGGAAAAACGAUUUUAACACAGGUCGUAGAGAGUAUUCGUAAAUUCAGAAACACUGCACGAUUCAUGUUAGGUAACUUGAAUGGCUUCAAGGAGGAUCUGCAGGUACCUUAUGAGAGACUUUCAAGGCUAGACCAAUUUAUGUUGUCCGAGGUUUAUCAGUUUUCUAAGAACGUGAAUGCCGCUUACGACGAGUACAUGUUCAAUAAGGUAUUUACGCAGCUGCAGUAUUUCACAAGUACGACCCUUUCAUCAUUCUAUCUGGAUGUGAUUAAGGACAGCCUCUACUCUGAUGCUGAGCAAAGCAUCCAGCGUCGUGCCAUUCAAACCGUUCUAUUCCAUACGUUGAACGCGUUUACAAGGAGUAUUGCCCCCUUGGCGCCACAUCUUGGCGAAGAAGUCUAUGAGCACUACCGCGAUUGUUUCAUCACUCCUCAGCCUACUGUAUUCCGAUCUGGGUGGCUGGAUACACCCGAAUCCUGGAAUAAUGUUCAGCUGAGAGAAGAGUUUUCAGUCCUGAAGCAGCUUCGUACAGAAGCAAACCAACUUCUGGAGCAGGCCCGUACAGCCAAGAUCAUCCGCUCUUCAUUAGAGGCCACAAUGGAGAUUCAAGUAAAUGAAGCAUUCAAUGAGACUGAAUCCGAAGUAUCGUUGCAUAAAGACUCAAUCAGUAGCAUUAGCAGCAUUGUCAACAAGGUGUCGCUCAAGAAGCUUUUGCAGUCAUAUGAGGAUGACUUGAAGAAAUUAUUUAUUAUCUCGGACGCCGUUGUUGUACAAUUGCCAGAUUCCUUCUCUACAUCAUCGCUCACACAGACGAGUGCAGAGAACGUGUUCGUGAGGGACGUGUUGAUUCCUAGAGUAGGAUCUUGCAAGAUGGUGUUGCGCAAGGCAGCGAAGCACAAGUGUCCUCGCUGUUGGACGUUCACUUCUACAGCGGAAGACGCACUCUGUGGACGAUGUGAGCCGGUUGUUGCUGCGUUACAGCAAUAGUAAUGUUGAAAUAGGAAUAUGAUGACAGAAUGGGAUAGAAAUGAAAUUUUCGUAUAUAUUUUAUAUUUUUCCUUUACAAAAGAACCUUUGAUCAUGUUCUUGGAGUAAAGUCUAUAUUUUGG